AUGAGUGCUGCUCCAAGGUGUAAAUGUGGGAGGCACAUUGUUGUUUACACCUCCAAAACAGAUAGAAACCCAAAUAGAGCAUUUUUUGGCUGUCCCAAUAUCAAGGAAAAGAAGCCACAAUGCAAUUUUUUUAGAUGGGUGGAUGAUGCUACAACUGAUACGAUGGAGCUGGAAGAUUGGAGAAUUAAUAACUUGGAGUUGAAUAUAGCUGAAAUGGAAUUCAAGUUGAACUAUGUAGACAUGGAGUUCAAUGAUGAACUGCAGCUGGAGGUGAAUGACAAGGAAAAAAAGAUUAAUGAGCACCAUAUAAAGAUUAACGAACUAUUAAUGAAGAUGCAUGCAGAGUUUGAUAAGGUGGAGAAAGAAAUUAAGCAUGUGUGUAGGUGUGCUAGGGUGUUUGCUAGAUCCAUUAUUGUUGUGUUUGUAAUAUGUAUAUAUCUUGAAAGUAGGCUGAAAUGA